UUGCAAAAAAUAUCCAAUUUCCCUUGCUGUUGAUGUGCAGUCCCACUAGCUACCAGCAGAUGGCCCCUAAAUAAAAACCAGUGGCAUUGAAUACUGGAGGAGCUUGCAAGCUGUGUUACUUUGAGGGCUGCAGGAUGGGUAGGAGUCAGUUUGGGAGUUUAGAAGUUGUCUGUGAGAUCAUUUCCUGCCACAGAUCUCUCCAGGGAUCACAACUGUGUGUUGCAGCAGGAGCUGGGUGCAGCUUUCAUCACUUAUCCAUUAACUGAGUGCAUCCCCUUGGCAAUAAUGUCUUCCAGCUCUAACUUCAGUACAAUGCAGAGAGUGGUGGAGCAGCUGAAGCUGGAAGCCAGCGUGGAACGGAUUAAGGUCUCCCAAGCAGCAGCAGAACUACAGCAGUAUUGCAUGCAGAAUGCUUGUAAGGAUGCACUGCUGGUGGGAAUGCCUGCUGGAAGCAACCCAUUCCGAGAGCCAAGAUCCUGUGCAUUGCUCUGAACAACCUCUGCCAUUAUAUAACAUUUGUCACUAAUGUCUGUUUCCCACUUUCUGCUUUGGAAGAAGACUGGUUGCCUUUCCUGUGCCAUUCCAACUGAUGUGGCAAAACUGCUUUCUAUAUUUAUUAAUUAUUUCAUAGGGUGUUUUAUGAACUAUUUUGGUAAUAUUUGGAAAUAAAUAAGACUCAAUGAAAAAAAUGUUUUGGCUAACAUUUUUUAGGUAGCGACACUGUUUUGGCUAGUUAUAAAUACUACAGUAUGUUGUUCUAAGAGAAUGGCUUUUAUACAGAUUAUAUUAUUAUUUUACAUCCCCAGAUGGUGCAUGACACACUGGGGCUUAUUAUGAACAGAGUUAUAUUAAGCAUUGCCCAGGACGAUCAUGGCUGUUUGUGAUCUCUUCUCAGAAGGCCUUUUAUCUAUCUUUCUGAUUGGUUACUAAGGUGAGGCAGGGUUACAAAUGAAUUGAAUCACACUUUUUUAUGUGAACGAUCCUCUCAUUAAUACUUACUUUACUGGAACCUUUUGCCCUGACAAUUUUUUAAAGGUGACAUAUACAGCAACAGCUGAGGUGUAGUCCCAGGUUUUGCCCAAGGAAACCUAUUGUAUGCUCUGGCUGAACAUGCAAAUGUAAACUCAUCAACAUAACAAGAAUGGUGUAUUAACUGUACUUGUGUAAACAGCCUUUACUGAACACAUUCUGUUUAUACAAUUCUAAUUGUACAUCAUAAUUUCUACAGAAAUGUAAUAAAACAAUUAUGUGUAAUUUCAGUAACAAUGUAAUAAUUAAACUAAGAGUUAAUA